CUCACUUUGUCUGAACACUAAUUCUCAGCCUUUCUCUCGACUCAGAGGGAACCAGAAGCAAUUCUGGAGGGAUCUUUUAGAGACUAAUCUUAUUAGCAGCAGCCACUAUAUUAUGAGAAGGAGUUUUCACUCCUACUCUGGACUGAGUUUGGAUUGUCUUCCAUUUUUUUAAAUGUGUAUGGUGAUAUUUGCUCCGCUUUUUGCCAUUUUUGCUUUUGCAACAUGCGGCGGAUACACAGGCCAGCUGCAGGUUAGCGUGGACUGCAUCAACAGGACAGAGAGUGACCGCCACAUCACUGUCAGCUUCACCUAUCCAUUCAGGUUAGACCAGGUUUACUUUGACGCCCCCAUGUGUGACGGGAAGCGACGUGAGCGACACCACCUGACCGGCAACUACUCCGCCUCGGCCGAGUUCUUCGUCACCACCGCCGUCUUCGCCUUCUUGUACUCCUUGCUGGCUACCGUGGUCUACAUCUUCUAUCAGAACAAGUAUCGGGAGAACAACAGGGGACCCUCACUUGAUUUCAUGGUGACUGUGGUCUUCUCCUUCGCGUGGCUGGUCAGCUCCUGUGCCUGGGCCAAAGGUCUGUCUGAUGUCAAGCUGGCAACGGAUGCCAACCAGAUCCUGUUGCUUGUCUCAGCUUGCAAAGUGCCAACUAACAAGUGUGCCUCUGUGCAUGGGCCCGUCUGGUCUGGCCUCAACACCUCUGUGGUCUUCGGCUUCCUCAAUUUUUUCUUGUGGGCCGGCAACAUCUGGUUUGCCUACAAAGAGACAGGCUGGCACCAGUCAAACCCGAGAUACCCUGUGAGGAGCACCUCAGAAAAGCGUGCCAGCAGCUUCCAGCAGAAGCCCUUCGCGUCACAGGCCAGCGUUGACCACUCCGGUGGAAAUUUCAGCUCCCAACUGGUGGACCUGGGACACCAUGCAAGCUAUACCCAGAUGGGCGAAUACAACCACACUGGGCCCAUCACCUUCACCAAUCAGAUUUGACCACUUAGCCAUAAUUGUAUUCAGUGGUCACACUUGCAGGCAGAUAAAGUAGGUGAUCAGAGGUUGUUGAGUGGUGACGUUGUGGUGGAUCACAAUGCAUUGCUGGUGCUGAUCUGGAAAAGGAACAUCAAGAGGGUCGAGAGUGCCUGACCUCCAGGGCAAAGACAGGGGUUUGUGCCAGAAGGACACAUAGUGAGGCUGCAAAUCUAGGGCACCAGGGUUCACUGUUUUCACUAAUGUACAAUACAAGGUUUCUGUUUUCCUUCACCGUUGAUGUAUUCAAUAUUUUAUUGUGUGUGAUUUACAAGUAUUUACAAGUGGUUUCUGUCCUGCUAUUCUGUACGUUUGCUUGUUUGUUUAUUCGUUAUCCCAAUAGAUAUUUGCUCUUGUGAAAGAUACCUUGGUAAUUUGUAUAUUUACUAAAAAUCUGACUGUGGAUUAUGCAUGAGUGCGGUCAAUGCCUGUCUGAGCAAAUUAUAGUUUUUUUACAUAUCAAAUGGCAUUGUGAAAUAAUGAAACUGUUAAUACUGCUUUCCACUUCUCGUAACAUAUGGGCUUCAUUCGUGGGGUCAUGUUUUGAUAAGAUAGUGAUUCUGCCUACAUAGGAGAUAUAUGCUUAUGGUACCAAGUUUUAAAUAUGACCUUGGGAGUUCUAUGAAAAUGACUUAGUGAAGGUCUUAGAUACUCUGUUUAAUUAGACCCAAAUUUAUUUUUUUCACUGUGAAAUCUGAACAUUUCCACAUGUUUGUAACUUACUAUCUCUGACAAAAGCUUUCAAGUGUGUUUUCUUUCUACUUAUACAUUUAUAAUAAUAUGCAUAAACAAUAUAAAAAUAAUAACUGUUGAUUAUGUUGUACGAUGUACAUCACAUAAAAAAGAAAAAGGUUUACAUACUGCUGAUUUUACUGUCUUAUGCCUUUAAAUUUGUGGUGGGUGUAAUUACCAAGGGACCAGCACUGAUAUGUGUUAAAAAGAAAUUCAUGAUGAAUACUAUUCUCAUACUCUUUGUCUUCUACCACUGCUGUUGCAUUUUGAUGUGAGAAUGUCUGGAUUCCUAUGCUUGCUGUAAAGUGUUACUAAUCAUAAUGUGUGAACGAUAUUGUUAAAUGGUUAAUAAAAUCUGAAUAAACAUGUACAAACCUU